GCCCGCCCCGCCUCAGCCUCCCCGGAGCCCCGAUGGACACGAGAGGAGAGCAGCACAUGUCCUGACCCCCGCCCCACACGGCUGCCCCCGUGCCGGCCACCGGGACGAUGGACGAGUGGAAACCCAACCCCACUGUGAAGCCCCACAAGAAGCGGAGCUGGUACCUUGCCUGGAAGUACAAGCUGAUGAACCAGCGUGCACUGCGGAAGCUGUGUCAGACAGGUGCUGUCCUCUUCCUGCUUGUGACCGUAAUUGUGAACAUCAAGCUGAUCUUGGACACCAGGAGAGCUGCUUAUGAGGAGGAAGAGGAGUCUGCACAGGACUAUGAUGACGAGAUGCUGAAUGUGGAGGUCCCCAGGCACCCUGUCAACAACAAGAAGGUCCUGGAUGUGGAGGUGUACUCCAGCCGGUCAAAGGUCUAUGUGGCCGUGGAUGGGACGACGGUCCUGGAAGAUGAGGCUCGGGAGCAGGGAAGAGGGAUCCAUGUCAUCGUCUUAAAUCAGGCCACGGGUCACGUGAUGGCCAAGAGGGUCUUUGACACCUAUUCCCCCCAUGAAGAUGAAGCCAUGGUACUUUUCCUCAACAUGGUUGCCCGGGGCCGGAUCCUGAUAUUUACCAUUAAGGAUGAAGGCUCCUUUCACCUCAAGGAGACAGCCAAGAAUGUCCUGAAAAGCCUGGGGAGCCAAGUUGCACCAUUCCUGAGCUGGAGAGACAUGUGGACAUUUGUGGGGAAGAAGGGGGGAGAAGUGUAUGGGGAGAAGCACGCCAAGUCACCUGCCCUCUCGACAUGGGGUGAUCCCGUUCUGCUGAAGACAGAAGUUCACCUGACAUCUGUGGAAGAUGCUGAGUGCCAUUGGCCCGACACGGAGCUGAACCGGCGCCGCAAGAGGUUCUGCAGCAAAGUGGAAGGUUACGGCAGCGUCUGCAGCUGCAAAGACCCCACACCCAUCGAGUUCAACCCUGAUCCUCUUAAAGACAAUAAAGUCUUUGACGUGCCAGUAGCUGUCAUUGCAGGGAACCGCCCCAACUACCUGUACAGGAUGCUGCGUUCCUUGCUGUCGGCUCAGGGCGUCAAUCCACAGAUGAUCACAGUCUUCAUCGAUGGGUACUAUGAGGAGCCAAUGGAUGUCGUGGAGCUGUUUGGCCUCUCAGGAAUACAGCACACUCCCAUCAGCAUUAAAAAUGCCAGAGUUUCCCAGCACUACAAAGCCAGUCUGACUGCAACCUUCAACCUGUUCCCGGAUGCUAAAUUUGCUGUGGUUCUGGAGGAAGACCUUGACAUUUCUGUUGACUUCUUCAGCUUUCUGAGCCAGUCAAUACACCUUCUGGAGGAGGAUGAGAGCCUGUACUGCAUCUCUGCUUGGAAUGACCAGGGCUAUGAGCACACAGCUGAGGACCCCUCACUCCUGUACCGUGUGGAAACCAUGCCAGGCCUGGGAUGGGUGCUCCGGAAGAGCCUGUACAAGGACGAGCUGGAGCCAAAGUGGCCAACCCCUGAGAAGCUCUGGGACUGGGACAUGUGGAUGCGGAUGCCUGAGCAGCGGAAGGGUCGGGAGUGCAUCAUCCCGGACAUCUCGCGCUCCUACCACUUUGGCAUCGUGGGGCUCAACAUGAACGGCUACUUCCACGAAGCCUAUUUCAAGAAGCACAAGUUCAACACAGUUCCAAAUGUCCAGCUUAAAAAUGUGGAGAGCUUGAGGAAGGAUAACUACGAGACUGAAAUUCAUCGGCUCCUGGGUGAGGCUGAGGUCUUGGACCACAGCAAGAACCCCUGUGAGGACUCCUUCGUGCCCGACACCGAGGGCAGGGUCUAUGUCAUGUUCAUCAGGAUGGAGCAGGAAGCGGAUUUCACCACCUGGACUCAACUUGCCAAGUGCCUCCACAUCUGGGACCUGGACGUCCGCGGGAACCACAAGGGGCUGUGGCGGCUCUUCCGCAAGAAAAACCACUUCCUUGUGGUGGGGGUCCCUGCCUCCCCCUACUCGUCCAAGAAGCCCUCGUCGGUGACACCAAUCUACAUGGAGCCCCCUGCCAAGGAGGAGGGGGCGGGGGCAGUGCCAGCGGUUGCAGCAGCAGAGCAGACGUGAGGCUGGCAGCUGGAAGCAGAGGGGACCGGGGGAGCACAGAGACCCCCACGGUGCAGAGACAGAGUUGGCAGCAGCUCUCGGAGGCUGGUGACUGGAUACAGAAUCCUGUUUUGGGCUGCUAAAGCAGAUGUUGGGCUCCCUCCAGCCCCCUGUUGUGGUCUCCCUUUCCCUUGCACAGGACAGGGUCCUUCCCUGUAGAUAUGCUACCCCAUCCCAUGAACUUGUUUUUUUUAACACAGACACUCUACUAACGCUGCUCCUUUUGCCCCCUGGCUGGGCAAGGCUGGAGGAAGGAGAUGCUCAACUGGAGGCUAGAGGGGGCCUCAAAAAACACCUCUGCUCUCCUUUUUGGCCCUGAAGUCCUGAGAAAGCAGCAUGGUGUGAGUGCUGCAGCCUGCCAGCUGGGUGUUAUUUAUUAACUCUUGCCUGCUGGCUUUGUGCCCCAUGGUGAACACAGUGCUGAAGAGGGGAUAUUCCAGCAUCUCUCCUGUUACCUGCACGAUGGAUGCACCUUGAAGACUAUGUGCUGGCUUGGACCUUCCUGCACACUGGCUCUGCUCCGUGGGCUGCAGGUACUGGUGCAGCCCAGCUCACAGAAAAGGGAAUGCUGGAGAGGAGCUGGAUUUGCUGCAGACACGGAGGGGACACCCCACACCCAGCACGAGGACGGUCAGUUCUGGAAGCUGGAGGUGAUUGUAGGUGGAAGUGGACCAGGCUGUGUGCUCUGGCUCAGGCUGUCCUCACCCACCUUCUCUGUGGGGAGCAGCCCUGCCCCUGGGUCGUGGGAGAGGGGGUGAAAGUGCCUUGCAGAGCGAGAUGGGAGCAGCCAGCAGGUAUCAUCCGCUGGGUGUAGGGGCAGGGUGAGCCAGGGUCAUCUGGAGCGAGAGAUGCUGCACUAUGGUCCUUGCCUGUGGUACUGUACCCUGUCCCCAUCUUCCCUGCCCUGGUAUCCUCUGCUUUUGCUGAAGGCAGGGGAAGUUUUUUCUCCUGAAUCCCCACCCUUAGUUCGAUGAGUUUCUGGCAGGGAAGGUAUGAGCUGGUCUGGGAUGGGCAGCUUGGCCCUCCCAUUGUGGUACAUCCCUUGUGCAGAGGGAGAGGGAGGGGGUUCCAUGCCUUAGGAAGGAUCCCAGGGCCCCCUGCCACCCCCAGCCAUUUGGUACUAGUGUCCCUGCACCCAGGGGUCAGUCCUGGGCCCCUUGCUCAGUACAGCUCCUCCUCUCAUCUGUGCAGCUAGAGAUCCAUUCUCUGCUCUGCCCUUUCCCUGAGGUAACAGGGGCUCUUCCCCUUCAUUUUCUCACUGUGAACUGAGCAUCGGGGUCUACACUACACUAACUUAUUUAUUUAUUGUUCCUGGGAAGGGGUGGAUAACAGGAAGCAGCAUGGAGGGCUGGCAGCCCCCAGCCUGCACAGGAACAGUCAUGGGAGGUUUGUCUCUUGUCCCCCUGGCUAUACCCUCUGUUCCCUGCUUUCCUCCCUUGCCCAGAACAGGAAUGAAAACUUGUGAACCAGGAAACUCCUCUUGGCCAAGAUGAUCCCAGUGUGGAUGCAGCACAGCCCUAGCAUGGCUAUGGGGACUCUGACCCUCACAGUCCCUUGCAUGCCUGCCCCAGCAGCAGGGAUGGGAUGGAUGGAUGCAGGAGGGGAACCAGAACGUGCAGUGGCACCCUUGAGGCUGCAGUACCAGUCUGGGGCUCUGCUCUGGCAGCCAGUGGGCAGGUGGCCCCUGUGCUGGCCCUCAGGGUAAGGCAGAUCUUUUAUGAGGGUGGAAAAGGGACUUCUUUCUGAGGAAAAGUAGCUUGCUCCCUAUGGCCUACUUUGGAAGAACUUCCAAAUGGCUCUCCAUUGCUCUUCCUUGGCACCUCUGUUCCCAAGGUUCAGUUUCUUUUCCCCUUAAAACUAAAUGCAUCCUCUCUCCUUUCUCAGCUAGGGCUCAGGCUUGGCUUCUUCCCAGCUCCUCUUGGGGCUGGGGAAGGUGAUCCUAGGGAUAGGGAAUGGCUAAACAUGAGUUCCCCUCUCCUCCCCUGCCAACCAGGGCUCUGUGGCUCCCUGCUCUCAGUGACAGCAGGACUCAACUGGUGGGCUUUAGGCUCCCCCUUCUCCACACACCAGGCCAGGCCCACAGGGUGCUGUUCUCUGUCCCUCCCUGUCCCCCCAGCUAGGCUCCAGAGUGGCAGCCAUGGCAGGGCUGGGCGUGUGGCAUCAUCAGGGUUUGACGCUUUCUGAAUUGAAUUAUUUUUUCAAGAGUAAACAUUGCAAAGCUGUUGAGCCUUGUGUGUUUCAUAGUUGGCCCUGUGCAGGGUACAGGGCCGGGGUCCCUGGCUCUGGGGUCCUGCCUGGAAAGGACAGACCCCUGUCCUCUGGUGUCUUACUCUGCCCAGGCUGCACAGGCCUGGCCAUGGGCUAACAGUGGCCCCAGGCCUGUGCCAGCAGAGGUCCUCUGUGUGGUGCUAUGCAGUGCCAGCAGGGCUGGCACAGGUUUGUGAGCUGUUUCCUCCUCAAGCUUUAUCACUUUUAUCUUCAGCUCAGCAAGUGAUGGAAACUGACGAGCUGCCUGGUAACUCUCCCCCGUCUUCCUCCUGGCACCUCCAGCUGCUGUGUCCUGAGAAAUACAGCCUUGUCACCCUCUUGACCAUCCCAAAUUUCUGCCUCUGUGGAGCAGGGAACCCUGAGGGCUGGAGAUGCACCCAUUUCUGAGGCAGAGACGACUGAAAUUAAGUGGUAGUUGGGAGAGUGUCAGCCACCAGCAUGGACCAGCUGCAACCUGCACCCCCAUCCUGCUGCCUCCUGCUCCCCUGCCCGAUCCCUUCAGCCAGACUGGGCUGACAGCCCCUCCCCAGGACCAAGCACAGCUUUCUGGCAGGGUGACCCCUUAGCAGAAGUUUUUUACAUAGUCCCAGGGGCUUGGUGAGGGGCUCUCACCUCCUGGCAAGCCAAACCCUGCAGCACCAAGUCUCUGCCAGGGCUCCAUGGGCGAGAGGAGGAUCCAUCUGUUGAGUCUGAGUGCCGGGGGCAGAGCCCUGCAGGGUGAUGUGGGCUCAGGUCCCACAGCCUCCAUGUCGUGGCCACCUCAGGGAGUCAGUGUGUGCAAACUGAUGCGUUUAUAGGAGCCUCCCCUCCUGAAACAGGGAUGAGAGUAGAAGCAAGUUAACCCCUUGAAGGAAAGAAGCUGUGCCAGGCUGGUGGACAGCCUCAGCUUGUGACCCCCAGGUGCUGGUGCUGCCAGGGUUCAGUACCCAGGGGUUUCAGUCCCUGGGAUGCUCAUUAGAUGAGUCCUCUCUCAUCAUCCUGCCCUUUUGUGGGGUCUCGCUCACUGCCUGCUGCAUCCUGCUGGUGCUGGAGCAUUCACCACUGUCCCAGGAGCUGGCUGGGCAACUGUCCCCUCUCCUGCCUGUCCUGGAAGUCCAAUCCAGUGGUGGCAGAGCUCAGCCCCGUGUGGCAGCAGCUGUAGCACGUGCUGCCAGAGCCGCAGUUCUCACCCAGCCCGUGCAGCACCCCCGGCCCGGCCUCCCUGGCUUUGUGCAGCCGUACAAAGGAGAACCUGUCCAGGCUGCUCCACCUCCCAGGAGCUGGCUGAUAAUUAAACAAAAGCAAAAUAGCGUUGGCAUGAAACUUGACCUUUCCAGAGCCUGUAGGGGGUGGGGAAUUUUGCAUAAUUUCUGGUGGUGUUUA